AUGGUUCGGCCUCGUGGAAGCUCAAACCUCGGGGUGGACAUUCGCGGCGACACCAGUGCCCCCGCGCUGUCCACCAUGAACGAAGUCAGCCCGAUUGAGCCCUCCUCGCCAGGCCUGGGAAAGCAAUUGGACUCGCGAUUACAGGCACAGGCCAACGACAAGUCCGGCAAGACACAUUCGAAGCGCCGUCGGACACGCUCAUACCUUCACCGUUUUGCCGAUACCUGCCUCAAGUACACUUGGCUGCUUCCACUCUUGAUCGUGAUGUUCCUAUUAUCGCUAUACGCCGUCAAUCCGUCCCCGUCAAACCCCAUGCACAGCGCCAUCUUCCUCUCCUACCCGCAACCCUCGAAGACCCCCGGCGGUCCUACCAUGUACGGAAAGGGAAAGAAGGAUAUCGCCUUCGUCGCCUUCUACACCAUCGUGCUCUCCUUCACGCGCGAGUUCAUGAUGCAGCAGGUCAUUCGUCCGUUGGCCAAACGGUGCGGCAUCAAGGGCCGAGGCAAGACCGCCCGCUUCAUGGAACAGGUCUACACAGCGAUGUACUUUGGUAUUUUCGGUCCGUUCGGUCUGUAUGUCAUGAAACGCUCAACUUUGUGGUACUUCAACACCACUGCCAUGUUUGAGGGUUUCCCCCACCGUGAACACGAGUCGUAUUUCAAGGCCUACUAUCUGCUCGAGGCUAGUUACUGGGCACAGCAGGCGAUUGUCCUGAUGCUGCAGCUGGAGAAGCCUCGCAAGGAUUUUAAGGAGCUCGUUGGACACCACAUCAUUACACUCGCUCUCAUCGGAUUGAGUUAUCGUUUCCACUUCACUUAUAUCGGUCUGGCGGUAUACAUCACCCACGAUAUCUCGGACUUUUUCCUCGCGACUUCCAAAACGCUGAACUACCUCGAUGCCUACAUCACACCCCCUUACUUUGGUCUUUUCGUCGGAGUUUGGAUCUACCUGCGCCACUUCCUCAAUCUGAAGAUUCUCUGGGCCAUCCUGACCGAGUUCCGCACCGUUGGACCUUUCGAGUUGAACUGGGAGACACAGCAGUACAAGUGCUGGAUCAGUCAAUACAUCACCUUCGGUCUGCUCGCCAGUCUGCAAGCUGUCAACCUGUUCUGGCUCUUCCUCAUCCUACGCAUUCUGGCAAACUAUAUCUUCACCAGCGAGACCAAGGACGAGCGAAGUGACGACGAGGAGGAAGAUGAGGAGGAGUCCCAGGUCGAGACCGAGAGCAAGGCCACUCUGGCCACCGGCGCCCAGCAGGAGAACAAGGCACCCCAAGUGAUGGUCAACGGCGAGCCCGUGACCGAGCAGCGCGGUCCCCGGACACGCAGCAGGAAGGCUUAA